ACACACAUUCAUAAACCCAUGCCCCAAACGUCCAUAAUCGUCCCACGGAUCCAUUUACCAUAGCUUAGAUUACAGAAUUGCAAGCCCGCUGACGCCGGCUCCCGUGAGUCGCGCUGUCAGGGAAAUGCAUGACGUUAGAAAUACAAGAAAUAAGUCAGAUUCCGAACGCCGAGCGAGCAAGGCGAUUUUGAUAAAACCCUACUAUACAAGAACCAAAACAAUAACCAGCCAUGAACGCCACCGAGAACACCCCAGCUAAGGCGCACCAGAGAGCCGCUGCAUCAGCAGAGUCACCCGAAGUCGUAGACCUCACGGAUUUCCCCGACGCCGAGGAACCGGAGUCCGCUGCCAAGGCGGACGAGGAAGCCGCCCCGCAGCCAGGAGUAGCCGAAGAACCCCACACCUCCGAUGGGGACAUAUACGCGGAUAUGGAGCUAGACGCCGACGAGGCAGGGCCAGCGGACCACGAGGGUCCCCGAAACAGCCCCCCGCUGUUCUCCCGCCGACCAUCCGGGUUCCGUCGAGAGAACCUGUGGUCGCCGCCGCCGUAUAAACGACGAGCCGCGCCCUGCUCCCCGGAGCCAGGGUCACCGUCAUUCGAAGAGGAGUUCGAAGAUGCCGGUUCUAGCCAGCACAGCUUCCCGGAACCAGAGACGCCAUCAUACGCGCCGAUGUUCGAACAGGAGUUUGAAGAUGCCGGUUAUCACCAGCGCCGCGAUCCCCGAACCGGCCGUGGCAUUUACCGCCCCGAGAGGGGGCUGGAGCGUUACAUACCGAAACCAUACAACGCGUACUACGACGACGGGGAGAGCGAAGAGGAGGAACCCUACGGUCGGCAAUUCAUAGCCGAAACAGAGACCUUUCAUUACACGGUCACGCCAUGGGGGUUACGCGUCACGCGUAACCACCAGAUGUCCGUAGACGUCUUUGUCCCUCCCGGCCGGAAUGUCAACGCGUUCUUCAGGACAUUCCGAGAAGCCGCGGAACCAAUCGACUACCGCUCCGAACUGGCCGCCCCAGCCAGGGCAAGCCCCCCGCACGCCGAAGCGCGAUCGCCAACGCCCGCAUCGGAUCCUCCCCGAUGCCCCAAUCCUCCCGAAGAGUCAGCGGCGGCCACGCCCCCGCACACCGAAGCGCGACCGCCAACGCCCGCAUCGGAUCCUCCCCGAUGCCCCAAUCCUUCAGAAGAGUCAGCGGCGACCACACCAACGCACGCCGAACCUGUAACGAACCUUAGGAAGCCAAAAAUCCACAUACCGCCAAUAAUUGUAGCAGCGAUAACAGCGUUCAUACCGGUCCUGGAAAAGCUGCAAAAGGAUCCAAGGGUGGGCAGAUUUAGUACUAAGGUAGUAAGCAGGGAGGGCCUGAAAAUCCAGGCGCAGGAUAGGGCUUCCAGAGAUGCCAUCAUGGAUAUCCUGGGGGAUGCAGACGAGGGCCUGUACACCCACCAAAGCAAAACCGAAAGGGGACUCCGCAUCGCUAUCCGUGGGUUCCAGCACACCACCCCGCCAAGCUGGAUCAGGGGAAAAAUGCUGGAGGCAGGGUUCAUGGUGACCUUCAGUAGAAUCCUCCCAAGCGAAUACGAUAAAGAAUAA